AUGGAGAUAGCAUACAGCCCAAUUGCUGUAUUCUCUUCUUGCGUUCUGCUCUUGAUUUUAGUGCUUACAUGGAAAGCAUUCGACUGGGUGUGGUUAACUCCCAAGAAGCUGGAAAAGCGGCUGAAAGAGCAAGGCCUCGGAGGAAAUCCUUGCAAACUUCUCUAUGAAGACUUCAAAGAGACCUCAACCCUCUUCGAGGAAGCUCACUCCAAGCCAGUCAAUCUCUCUGAGGACUUCGUCCCAAGAGUCAUUCCUCACUUCUGUAAAGCUGUCAAGAAGUAUGGUAAGAAUACAUGCGUGUGGCUUGGACCACACCCGAUGGUGGUGAUCAUGAACCCUGAACACACAAGGGAGAUCACAACAAAGCUUUACAUCUUUCAAAAGCCUCAUGCUAAUCCACUUAUCAAAUUGCUGGCACAAGGGCUGGUCAGCUAUGAUGGAGAUAAAUGGGCUAAACACAGAAAACUUAUCACUCCUGCUUUCCAUGUGGAGAAAUUGAAGGUUUUCUCUAAUUUUCUCUGGUUGCCAGGAACGGUUACCGUUACUGCCCCUGGUCCAUUGGAACCAAUGAGUUCCCUGUGA